AACCGCAGAGGGCAGCAAAUUGUGGCGCCUACUCUUCCUAACACAAAGAAGAAGAAGCGCUGUGACGUAUGACGCAAAUACGUUCAGCGUAAUAAUAACGCACGUUCGGGUCCAGGACCGCCAUUGGAAGUUUGAACCAGCUAAGUUGUCCCUCUUGACGGCCGGUUCCUGGUCAGCCUCGACCCAUCAUGUAUCGUCCGAAACCGACCCUGAAGGACCGACAGCACCUGUACAAGCUCAUCAUAAGCCAGCUGCUGUAUGACGGCUACACCACCAUCGCCAACAGCCUCAUCAACGAGGUGAAACCUCAGAACGUGGUGUCUCCGUCUGAGCAGCUCAUGCAGCUGGCAAAGAUAGGGAUGGAGAAUGAUGACAGUGCCGUUCAGUAUGCCAUCGGGCGCUCGGAUACAGUGGCACCCGGCGUGGGGAUCGAUCUCGAGUUUGAUGCCGACGUCCAGACAAUGUCUCCAGAGGCUUCCGAGUAUGAGACCUGCUACGUGACGUCCCAUAAGGGUCCAUGCCGCGUCGCCUCAUACAGUCGGGAUGGUCAGCUGAUUGCCACCGGCUCUGCUGACGCUUCCAUCAAGAUCCUGGACACUGAACGCAUGUUGGCCAAGAGUGCCAUGCCUAUAGAGGUGAUGAUGAACGAGACGGCGCAGCAAAACAUGGAGAAUCACCCCGUCAUUCGAACACUGUACGACCAUGUAGACGAAGUCACCUGCCUCGCCUUCCAUCCCACUGAACAGAUUCUAGCUUCUGGCUCAAGAGAUUACACACUCAAGCUCUUUGACUACUCAAAGCCGUCUGCAAAAAGAGCUUUUAAAUAUAUACAGGAAGCAGAAAUGCUGCGUUCCAUCUCCUUCCACCCUUCAGGUGACUUCCUCUUGGUGGGAACGCAGCACCCCACCCUCCGCCUAUAUGAUGUCAACACCUUCCAGUGCUUUGUGUCCUGCAACCCGCUGGACCAGCACACGGACACCAUCAGCGGCGUCAGCUACAACCCCACCGCCAACAGCUAUGUCAGCUGCAGCAAGGACGGCAGCAUCAAGCUGUGGGACGGCGUCUCCAACCGCUGUGUGACCACCUUCGAGAAGGCCCACGACGGAGCCGAGGUCUGCUCUGCCAUCUUCUCCAAGAACUCCAAGUACAUCCUGUCCAGUGGUAAAGACUCUGUGGUCAAGCUGUGGGAGAUCUCCACAGGCCGGACGCUGGUCAAGUACACAGGUGCGGGGCUGAGCGGCCGUCAGAUGCAUCGCACACAGGGAGUGUUCAACCACACGGAGGACUACGUGCUGCUGCCGGACGAGCGCACCAUCAGCCUGUGCUGCUGGGACUCGCGCACGGCCGAGAGGAAGAACCUGCUGUCUCUGGGACACAACAACAUCGUCCGCUGCAUCGUCCACUCGCCCACCAACCCCGGCUUCAUGACCUGCAGCGACGACUUCAGGGCCCGCUUCUGGUACCGCCGCACCACCACAGACUGAGACUGCCCCGACGUUCCUACUCUGCCUUCCUCACCACCUCGUCUCCUCUCACCGAGGAGGACCAAACAGGAUGCUGGAUACACUGUGGUGUCUUUGGUUUUUACUUAAUCUGAAAUUCAGGGGGAACUUGUGGGUUCCACUGCAUGAAGGACUGUUCCACGAAUUCCACCAUCUUCAGAGUAAAGAGUGAUGUGACUGUUUCUCUCUAUGUCUCCACAUGUGUCAUCUGAACUUUGUACAAUUGAAAUGGAAGUCUGAUCUUUACAACACAUUUCUCAGUUUGUCUGUUAAGUGACCGCAGAGUUGGUUUGUUGUCAUUUCCCUUUUUAUAUUUUGUUGUUGUAAUUCAGAUUUUUAUUAAACAUUUAAUAGGAACAA